UCCGCGGUCACACUGCUCUCGCGAUUCAAUAAAAGUUUUUUUUAUACCAAUUUCGGCGCUCAAGUGACUCCAGGACGCCAAAAUAAUGGAGGCACUGGUCAACUAUAGCAGCGAAGAUGACCAAGACGAAGCUAGCUAUCAAAUACGGGCACCACCACCACAGCCAACGAAAUCGGCGGCUUUGGCAGUCAGCGCUGCAGCCGUUGCCUCUGCAAAAGCCGCCGUAAAGCAUCAGCAUCAGCAUCUUAAGGCCAAAAAGAACAACAACGAAGGCGGCAGCGGCAACGGCAGCAAUAGCAGCAGCCAGAAAAGCAGCAGCAGCAGCGGCAGCGGUAGUAGCAGCGGCAGUAGCAGUGACAGCAGCAGCGGCAGUAGCAGUAGCACCAGCAGCGCUAGCAGCACCAGUAGCAGUAGCAGCGCCAGCGCCAGUGAAAAGUCCAAGAAACGGAAAAGCACACCACAACAGCCGCCGACAGUGGCGUCCACAAUGGUCACCGGCGGGAAGCAACAAAACAGGAGCGACACACGCACUCGCACACGCAGUCGCAGCCGCCAGUCGAACAACAGCAGCACCAUUGAUAAGGAGCCAAAACAGCGCCAGCGCCAGGAGCGCCCAAAGCAGAAGGAGAAGGAGAAACUAAAGGAACAAGAAAAGGAGAAAGAGAAGGAAAAGGAAAAAGAGAAGGAGAAGGAAAAGGAGCGCGAUCGUGAACGCAACAGGGAGAAGGAGAAGCGCGACAUCGAACGCAGUCGUGACAAGGAGCGUGACAGGGACAGGGAUAACAGUAAGAGCGCCCAACGCCACCAACGUACCAAAGAGAUUAAGCAGGGCCACAGGGAGAAGGACAAAGGCAAGGACAAGGACAAGGAUCGCGAGCGAAAACGUGAAAGUGAGCGCGAGCGCGAACGUGAUAAGGAACGCGAUCGCCAUGGCCAGCGUGAGCGUGAACGUGAACGCGAACGUGACAGAGGCGGUGACCAUCGCGGACGACAGCUGCAGCACCACAGCAAGGAUCAGCGCCAGAGCAAGGAAAACUCACGCUCACACAUGUCAUCGUCAGCGGCUCACAAAUCUCAGCGUCGCUCCUACGACGAGCGCAGUCGCCGGCGCCGCGGCUCGCGUUCCAGAACCCGCACGCCGACAGGCACAUCGCCCGAUCGUCGCCGUCGCCAUCAUCAUCAUCAGUCAUCAGGGAAAGGCAAAGGCACGGGACAGUCGUCGUCGUCGUCGUCGCGCAAGUAUCGUGGACGCGACUCCAGAAGCCGCUCUGGAUCACCGCAGGAGCAGGCAGGCGAUGGCGGACGUUCCAAGAAGCCAAGCGGCGAGGAGCUGUUGUCUCGCGCUGGAGCAACAGCUGGCAUUGUCGCUGGAACAGGGAUGAUGCUGCCCAAGCCGGUAUCGGCGCCAGCAACAGCAGCCGCCGCUCUGGCAGCGAUUAAAGCAAAGGCUGCCAUUCAGGGCGGCUCGGGAGGAGCAGGAAGCGGAGGCGGGGCCGGACUGCUGCCCACGCCAAACUACACAACAAAUAUACCCUCAUUGAUGUCACUGGCCGUGCCGCCAGUGAGCAACGCAGCCAUUAGGCUGCCACUGGGCAUGCCGCCCAUAAUGACGAUGCCGCCCAUUCAGGCCAUGACGCCCGCUAAGCCCAUCCAGCUGCCCAGCUACUACAAUCCGGGCAUCAUCAAUGCCAAUCGGUAUGCGGAGCAGCAGCAGAAGCGCAAGCUGCUGUGGGGCUCCAAGAAGAGCGAACCGCCGGCCAAUAAGUGGGGCAAUGCUCACUUCUCCCAGGAUUCGGACGGCAAGGUGGCUUCCAAGUUUAUGCGCCUGAUGGGCAUCAAGAAUGCUGCCGGCGGUGUGGCAGAGGAUGGAGCGGACGGGCGCGAUCAUGUCGAUCAGGGUGAUGCCAGCAAUGGCAGCUCUGCGGGCGCAGCUGGCGAGGAUGCGGGCGAAGCGACAGCUACAGCGACGGUGGCUGGGGCUGGUGCAGCGGCACCAGGAGUGCCCGCCGAUGUGGAACAGCGCCAGCGAAUGUUUUCCAACAUGGAGCAGCAGUACGAGAUGGCUCGUGCGGCCACACACACUAUGCGAGGCGUUGGACUGGGCUUUGGCUCCCAGCCGCGCACCUUCUAGAGCGGGUCCCGGGGGGAGCAACAGGAGCACAACUUGGCUGUAAAUAAGAUGCCACACUCAUUAGUCACUUGAAGCUGUUUACUUUCACGUUUUUUUUUUGUUUAUGUGUUGAGACAAACUUUAAACUAUAAAAUAAACGUUUCAACAGAAGAAUGUUCCCAAA